ACGACCGGUGGCGUCGCGUCACAAUUCGCUCAUCUCUGUCAGAGUAGAGUGCCAAAUUUGGGAAAGGAACAUUUGUUACCUAUUUUGUAUAAAAGAUGGCGUUCUAUUACUCCGUGCUGGUUGUGGCGAUUGUGGCUGCUUCUGUAAACCAUUGUUCGGCGUUAACAGAAGAACAGAAGGAAACGCUAAGAGAGAAGCUGAAAGCCAAUGCGGUAGCAUGCGGCUCAGAGCUCGGCGUCGACUCUGAACAGCUGAAGAAGUGGCAUCAGGAGAGGACCCACGACGAGAGCAACAAGUGCGUUAUCGCGUGCAUGUUCAAGAAGAGUGGCCUGAUUGAUGACCAGGGCCUUUACUCAGAGAGCACCACUCUUGAGAAGAUUAAGCCUUAUCUGUCAGAGGCCAAGAAGGAUGAGGUGAACGCAUCAAUCAAGGCUUGCAAUUCUGUGAAUGAACAAUCCGUGGGCGACGGCAGCGCUGGCUGUGACCGUGCUUUACUGCUCUACGCGUGCUUCCUACAGCAGAAAGAAUUGCUUGGCAUCUCGCUGGACUUCGUGUUAUAAACACCAUAAAAAUAAACGUGGAUAUUAAAUACAUUUUCCUAUUUUCUAAUGCUGUUACUAAAUGUUUUACAUGAAUUAAACUAAGUAUAUAUAUUACGAUAUGAUGAA